CACCAGAGUGCUCAGAGUGGACUGUGGAGGGCGCAUUAUUUCUCAUUGCCCACACUACUAGUACCGUACUGGAUCAAAUCUGCAGCGCACCUCCAUUGGCUCCACUGGCAUUGAUCAGAACACCAAUGGUGACGCCAAUGGCUGAUUCGAGAGCACUCCUAGCAGCUCUGGCUUCAUCAUCUUGGAACCUAGAACUUGUGAAUGCCUCAAGCUGGCGUUGGCAGUUGCACUCCUUGGAUAGUAGGCGCUGGCAGCAAUGCAGGACCUAAUUGAUUUCAACAGGACAUGUCAAGCACUGCCAGGUUUCCCCCAUGCCCAAUAAACGUAGCAUUAAGAAAAUGUGGCGGAAAAAAAUACUGGGCCAAGCAUUCCUCUUUCACCUUCUUUUCAACACUGGUAACAUCAGCCCACAUUCAUACAAGCCCUUUCAGCAUUCCAAGCAGGAAUCCAGGGAAACCAGGGGCUGUUUCAGGAAGGUGCCCGCCGCUAGCCCCUUCGCUGUCGGCCUCUGGGGGUCUUGAUGGCCUCCGUUUGCCACCACAUUCCUCUGAGCCUAUUUUCAGGGCAUAUAGCAGGAUUGGAAUCAUCCCGAUUCACUUAUCCUAACCCGACGGCCCCCAUUGUCCUCCGGACCCCGUUCUAUCCAACCGGCGCUCCGUUCUGCCGUCGAGGAACAGCGCGAUAUCAUCGCAAGUCGCUCAAAGUGUGUGCAGCCGCAGUGGUAAACAGAGUCGCACACGGUGGUGCAGCAGAGCCAGUAAUGAAGACUGUCAUCCUAGGCACUGUGGACGAGAGCGAGAACCUGACGCUGGACAAGAUCCGCGACAAUCUGAUCCGCCAAGAAGACACCAUCAUCUUCAGUCUGAUCGAGCGUGCCCAGUUCCGGCAAAACUCUGCAGCGUACGAUGCAAAGAGUAACUCCGUCCCCGGGUUCGAUGGUAGUCUGCUGGACUACCUGCUGAAAGAAACGGAGCACUUGCACGCAAAGGUGCGCCGUUACACGAGCCCCGUGGAGCACCCUUUCUUUCCCGACGACCUUCCCGAACCCGUCCUACCCCCUCUGGCCUACCCACAGGUGCUGGCUCCUGCCGCCAAGGACAUCAACAUCAAUCCGCGCAUUCGGGCCAUGUACUUCGAGGACCUGCUGCCCAAAAUCGCCUCUGCGGGGGACGACGGAAACUACGGCUCCACAGCAUGUUCCGACGUCCUCUGUUUACAGGCCCUGUCGGCGCGCAUCCAUUACGGAAAGUUCGUGGCGGAAGCCAAGUUCCGACAGCAGCCGGAUCUGUAUAUUCCACUAAUCGAGGCGCAGGAUAAGCAGGGCUUGGUCGACCUGCUAACCUUCCCGGCACAGGAGCAGAAAGUGCUGGACCGUGUUGAGCUGAAAGCGGCGACGUACGGGCAAGACGUCACGCAGGCGGCGCCAUUGGAGCACCGCACGUACAAGAUAGAGCCCAAAGAGAUUGCCAGGCUCUACGGGGAGUGGAUCAUCCCGCUCAAUAAGGACGUGCAGAUUCAGUACCUGCUCAGACGGUUGGAUGAGAGAUAAAGUAAGCAGUCCGGUCAGUGAGAUGGUCCGAAAGCCCUCCUCGUCGUGUUUGAGUUACAACAGCGUUAGCUGGAAUUGCAACGUCAAUGCAUUGCCUAAAAGAGAAUGUUCGAUCGCACUUCUAAGGUAAUCUUUAGGGGUCAUUACGAGAAGCAUCGAGGUAGGCGCUCGAGGAUAAUCAGCUCGUCUGGCGCUCGUUCAGCUGAUGACCCGCUUGCCGUAAUCCGAAACAGCGCCCGGAUCCAUCUGUCUGCUUGCGAUGAAGCUGCGGGACUUUGCAGAGCAAGUUCCACGGUCAAUCGAUAGUUGAUCAAAAUUACCAUAACCAGGAGGCCUCU